AUGGACAAUUUUAAUGAAGAUUGUAUAAAAUAUUUAGGAUAUCCUUUUUCUUUUGAUUUCAUAGUUAAACUUCACAAAUAUUUUGACUUAUACUAUCGCAAUUUAUUCUGUAAAAUAGCUCCAAUAUGGUUAAAAUUCAUACACAAUGAGUACAACACAUUAGUGGAAAAGUUGAAUUCCAAUUCAUACGAUAAGUUAAAAUUAAAUGAUAAACUGAAUAUAUUGAUUUGCCCAUGCCUACUAGGUGUGUAUAGAUCAGAUUCUUAUCGCAGCUUUCUAAUAUUUCCGUUCUAUUGUAAAAUAAACAGUAAUUUGAAGGUAUCAAAUGAUAUGAUAGAAUUGUUUAAACGAAUAUCAUCAAAUCUGAAAUUAAAGGAUUCUAGUUUUAACUGUAUGAAUCCAAAUGAAAUAAAACUGGGAUCUCUGGACAGUUUGCAGAGAAUAAUAAGUAAGAGCCAAGACAUAAAGAUAUUGAUAUCAGUAUAUUUCAACACAAAUACAGAUUUUACACUGUUUGAACUGGAUUUUAACAAUUCACUCAACUAUCUGAAUUCGACAUGA